AUGAUAUGCUUAACGCGAGUCUGCUCUUGCGCAAGAAGAUGUCACCCUGGCUGCAUAAAAAGGAAGGAGAGAGAAAUCAAUAUUCUCCGUAGGAAACUGAAUGCGGCCGAAAGGGAAAGGGAUGAGGCCAAAAAGAGCGUCGAGGAGUUGACUGAGAAGUUGUCUAACGAGCGAUGGACGUCAAGGGCCAAACAAGCAUGGUUGAAGAGGUCGAUGGAGGACCUGGCAUUGUUGGAAGCGGCUAACAAUGCUCUGUCGAAGGCUGUGUCCACCCUGCGACGUAACAUCGGGGACGGCAUUAAUUCGUGA